AUGGUUUCUCAAGACCAAAGUAAGUACUCUGGCUCCAAAAAAAAUGGAGGUAAGGAGCUUGGAAUGGUAACUCCUCAAGACAAGCCCUUGAAGAAGAUGAAGUUUGUUUCAUCUGCUGAGAAAGAACCAAGCAGCACGACAACAAUUUCUGAGGAUUCAAAGUCAGGUCGAGGUAUGAGCACAAUGCCUCGUGUUGUGAAGAGAAAAUUGCAGAAAAUCAAGCCAGUUGUUGAGUACAAUAAAAGGGGGAAAGGAUGUGGCCCUGCACAUACUGAGAUGCAGUCCUACAUUGGUGUGUUGGCACGCUCCAGAGUCCCACUUGUGGACAAGAAAUGGGCUGAAAUCCCCAAUGAUAUAAAGGAGCAGAUUUGGGAAGCCGUUGACAUGGCUUUUGUGGUAGGUCAAGGGGGCAAAACCUCGGUGUUAUCUUCUGCUGCCAAGAAAUGGAAGGAUUUCAAGUCUACACUGACGAGGCAUUAUAUCCUUCCAUACAUCAAGGAGAGGGAGAAAUUAAGCCAACCCCCUGAAGUAUAUAAAUUCAUAGAGAAAGCAGAAUGGGAUGCCUUUGUAGCUUCAAGGUUAUCCAAAGAAUUUGAGUCUGUGCAUUCUCAACAUGCACAGAUUAGGGAGAAACUUGAGUACAAUCAUCGAUUGUCUCGAAAAGGAUAUGCUGGUUUGGAGGAUCAAUUGGAGGAAACCAUGCCUGGGGUAGAAAUUGAUCGAUCUACCUUAUGGAAGAAAGCUAGACAGGACAAACAUGGUAACAUCCCGGAUCCAAAGGUGGCAGAGAAAGCAAAAUUAAUUGAUGAAUUGCAAAAACAAGUGGCUGAAGGCAGUCUGAGUAUAACUGGCAGUAAUGAGAUGUUGACCUUGGCUUUGGGUCCCGAGCAUCCAGGGAGAGUAAGAGGGGUAGGUGCUGGGAUUUCCCCUAGGCAAUUCUUCAAUUUACCUAGACCACAAAGGGUAAAGUUUGCUGAUCAAUUGAAGGAAAGUGUAAGAAUUGUCCUUCAAGAAGAGACUAAGAAGAUGGAAGCUAGAACCAAACAAUUAGUAGAGGCUGAGAGGGAACAUUUACUAAGUCAGCUUUCCCACCUCAUCCCCAAUUUUGAUCCAAGCAUGCUUAAACCGAAAACUAGCCCCUGUCAAAACCAAGGUCUACAGCAAAGUCCCAAGAAUCCAAUGUCUGAUAAAGCAAGCUGUUCUGGGGCUGAAGUGAGAUCCCUACAUUUAGAGGAUGAUACUGCCAGAAAUGGGGAACAGCAGGAACAAACGAAAUCUGGGGCUUUAGAUAAUCAAGAUGAAGAGAAGAAAGAAGAAAAUAAAGAUGAACAGAAGAUGGGAGAAAAAAAAGAUGAAGGGAAGAAGGAAGAAAAAAAAGAGAAUAAAGAUGAAGGCAAAGAGGAAGACACAAAUGUUGAAGAGAAGAAAGAAGAAAAACAAGAUGAAGAAAAGCAUGACGAGGAGGGUAAUGAAGUAGUUGAUUAUUCAAAUGUGGAGGUGCCAUCUUCCUUACAAUCCCUUUGUGGUUAUGUGGAAACUACACUAAAGCCACAGGGGAAGAUCAUGACCUUCAACAUUGAGAAGGAGGUGUUUGGUGCAGAUCGAGGUACCUUCGUCUUGCAUGAAGAUAUUACACAGUUUGCAGGCAUGGAAGAAAUUGGGGCUACUGUGGUUGCAGUAUAUAUGAGGUGCUUAUAUGAUCUUUUGAGAGAAGCAAAUAUGUGCAGCAUGGUUGGCUUUAUCGACCCUGCUCAAGUUAGUGCCAACGCUGGGUCACUAACUGACAGAUCACGAAUUGUAGCCAGUCGACUUCAGAAAACAGAUGGUGAACAGAUUUUCAUGAUGCCUUACAAUCCAGGCCGUCAUUGGGUCUUGCUGAUUGUGAGGGCAAAGAGGGAAACCGUCUAUUUUCUGGAUCCUCUGCCUGGAAAUUGUGUGGUUGAUGAGGAGGGCAAAAACAUCGUGAACAGUGCUUUAAAAAUUUAUAAUUCCCACAUAGGCAGACCAGGCCGUAAAGCACCAAUUUGGAAAACUCUGCCAGGCACACCAAAGCAACCCAGCAGUGUCGAAUGCGGGUAUUAUGUCAUGCGCUUCAUGAGGGACAUCAUCAUGGAUCCUUCCUUGGAGUUUGAGAAGAAGUUUGCCAAGGGAAAAGAUCAAGCGCCAUACCCCCAAGCAGCCAUUGAUGAAGUCAGGAAAGAAUGGGCAGAGUUUGUUUGCCUUCAUAUGGAUUAG